AUGGGACUCUGCUUCCUCAAGAACGUCUACGGCGGCCUGCUGUUAUCUGCUGGAGGCGAGCUGUCGUUAGCCCUUGGGAUGGGCUUCCCAAAUGUCACCAACAACGAUUUGGGUCUGAUGCGCUUGCUGCAAGGCAUCACAUUUCCAAUCGGUCUUGUGAUUGUGUACUUCCUCGGCGCUGAACUAUACACGGGUUACGGCAUGUGGUUCGCCAUGACCGCCCUCUCGCGCCGGGGCAAACCCACGCAAUACAUCCGCGCCAUCAUCGCCUCCCUGCUAGGCAACUACCUCGGCGCCUUUCUGUGGGCAACCCUUCAGUCGUACUUGACCGAAACAUUGACCGAAGAACCCUGGCGUGGCCGAAUCAUCAGUUCUGUCGACAGCGACUUCACGGACAACCAAUUCCACAUCAUCUUUCUGCGGUCCAUCGGCUGCGGCUUUCUUGUCACCAUUGCCAUGCUAAUGGGCACGCAGAACCGGGACGGAAUCUCGAAAGCGCUCGGUCUGCAUUUACCGUUCUUCAUCUCCACCGUGCUCCAGUUCCCGCACACGGUCGAGUCAAUGUACAUGGGUACAACCGGCAUGCUCCUGGGCUCCCGAUUGACAGUUUGGAAGUUCUUGUGGAAAUGUCUGCUCCCAGUAAUCCUCGGUAACGCUGUCGGUGGCGCAUUCACGGGGGCGUACAAUUGGUACGUCUACGUGAAGCGGAAGGAUGACAAGCAGCGCAGCGACGGGCGAGACUGGCUACCUGUUAGCAGCGAUGAUUAA